UCUUCCAGCUGUUUGAUCUGGGCACUGAAUGAACUCAACUUUUCAACUUCGCUUUCAGUCACUGGAAACAGAUCAAGUUUGAGGCUGAGGUGCCACUGGCAAGUUUUGGACUGUCACACUGGAUAUAGACCCACAGAUCAGUUCUGGUGAAAGAUAUGCAGUGAUUUUUUUUAUUUCAUACAUUCAAAGACUCUAAGUCCUAUUCAAUGAUGUGUGCACUGUGCUAACGUGCCUCCAAGACUUCUGUUUAUCUGCAGAGCUCAUCUGGCCCUGUUGGAGAGCUCCUGCCAAGGUCCUUAUAUUUGUAUAACGUGUUUAAAUAGAAGAGACGUUUUUUGAAGGAAUAUGGCGCCUGCUGUCGGUGGUCCUCAAGGCUACACUCCACCUGAGGGUGGCUGGGGCUGGAUGGUGGUAGUUGGGGCCUUCAUCUCCAUUGGCUUUUCCUAUGCAUUCCCCAAGUCCAUCACUGUCUUCUUCAAAGAGAUUGAGGUGAUCUUCGACGUGACCAGCAGCCAGGUGUCUUGGAUCUCUUCCAUCAUGUUAGCAUGCAUGUACGGCGGAGGUCCAAUCAGCAGUAUCCUGGUUAAUAAAUAUGGGAGUCGUCCUGUUAUGAUGGCGGGAGGAUGCCUGUCUGGAAUGGGCCUUAUUGCUGCCUCUUUCUGCAAUACAGUUCAGGCACUGUACUUUUGUAUUGGUGUGGUGGGAGGUUUAGGAUUGGCCUUCAAUCUUAACCCUGCACUCACAAUGAUUGGAAAGUAUUUCUAUAACAAGCGGCCUAUUGCUAAUGGGAUUGCCAUGGCUGGAAGUCCUGUCUUUCUCUCCACCAUGGCUCCUAUAAACACCUGGCUCUUCGAUAAGUUUGGCUGGAGAGGAAGUUUCUUGAUCCUGGGUGGCCUGCUAUUCAAUUGCUGUGUUGCUGGUUCCCUCAUGCGGCCUAUAGGACCAAAACCCAAACCUGUAGAGAGGACUACAGAGAGGAGGACUGCAUCACAGGUCAUUAACAGCUUCAUUGACCUCUCUUUGUUCAAGCACCGUGGCUUUUUGCUCUAUAUUAUGGGCAAUGUUGUGAUGUUUUUCGGACUCUUUGCCCCACUGGUGUUCCUCAGUAAUUUUGCAAAGAGUAAAGAUAUCCCUAAAGAGAAAGCAGCUUUCUUACUGUCUGUUCUAGCUUUUGUUGACAUGGUUGCCCGGCCUGCAAUGGGCAUCGUGGCCAACACCAAGUGGGUACGACCCAGAAUACAGUACUUCUUUGCUGCCUCUGUGCUGUAUAAUGGUGUGUGUCAUGUCCUAGCACCAAUGUCAGUAGACUACAAAGGUUUCGUGAUUUAUGCCAUUUUCUUUGGCUUUGCUUUUGGCUGGUUGAGCUCAGUACUGUUUGAGACUUUGAUGGACCUGGUGGGAGCCCAACGCUUCUCCAGUGCUGUUGGGCUGGUCACCAUUGUGGAGUGUGGUCCGGUGCUGUUGGGGCCCCCUUUGCUUGGAAAGUUCAAAGAUGUGUACAAUGAUUAUAAGUACACAUACCAGGGCUGUGGGAUCCUCCUCAUUGUCUCCAGUGUCUUCCUGUUUGCUGGAAUGGGACUCAACUAUCAUCUGCUCGCAAAAGAGAAAAAAGAAGAGGAGAGGAAAGCCAGGGUGGGAGGCAGAGACCAAAAGUCGUACAGUGCUGCCAAGGAGGUGGCUGAGGCUAAGAACACAGAAGACACUGUCUAAUUUUCUGACCCGUGUGAAAUUGCAUUUCUAUUCAACUUAAUGUUUCUUAUGAGAUGUUUAUUCAUGAAAAAAAUAGAUGCUUGAUUUAAACAGGGCAGACUCAUUUACAACUUCUGUUUCUUAAUACAGUGUUUUUAAGAACACAAGAAAAUCAUGUAUAACCUAACAUGCACUUCAAUGGAAAAUAUUUAUACUCUUAUGAACAAGCCACAUAAAAAUACCUCUAAUAUUCUUAUAGGGACUGGUAUAUAUGUUUGCAAUGGCCUUUAAUGUCACUUAUAUUAAUAGCAUGUUAUGGUAUUUUUAAUCUCAGAUGGUAUCAUUAUAACUUCUCUAACUUUCCUGCUGCAUAUUAUAGUUUUUAAACCUUCUACUGUGUACCAUCAGAUAAUUAAAGUUCAUACUCAAGAAGGAACAUGAGCAGUACAGAGCUUUAUAUAUUUAAAAGAGACUGCAAAUGUUCUCAGUGAAAGAGUAUAAUUACACUAUUCACCUCACUUUGUUUGCCACACCACCUCUCAAACACUAUAAAGACCUUUUCCUGUUUUCAAGGUCCUGACAGCACUGAGCUAUUAAUGAGGGUUUGAAAAUAUCCUUGGUGCCACUAUUAUUUUUUUUAUUCCACAAAUAGAUUCAUAUUAAUUCUCCUUUUUUCUCUCUUUUAAACAUGUUUUGCUGGUCCAUUUCCAAUGAUGGGCCAUGACAAUCCUGUUGUAUUGUUUUGUGUAUUCACAUGAUAGGAACAUGUGCCACUGACUGCAAGUUAUUUCAGAAAGUCAAAUAAACUGUCAUUUGAAAAAAAAAACUAUGAAAGUAUUGUACUCUGUGUUCCUCAUAAACCUGAGAUCAGGAAAAAUGUUAGUUCUUCAGAGAUGCACUGACACUAUUAUUUCUCAGAGACUACACCUAACUAUAACCAUGUAAUUAUUUAUUAGAUCUCAUUUGUGACAUCUGAUGUAUCAUGUAAGUCAUUUGAUCAAACUGUGCAC